AUGGGCUUCAAUGAUAUCCUGGAGGAUGUCGGAAGUAUGGGCAAGUUCCAAAUCAUCCACAUUUUGUUGGUGACAUCCCCAUCUCUGCUCCUGACCAUGCACAACCUGUUUCAGAACUUCCUGGCCGCUAUUCCUGAGCAUCACUGCAGGAUCCCUUUGGAAGUGAAUGACUCGAGAUACGCCAACGUCGUGGGGAGGCUGCAGACGGAGGAACUUCUCCGGGUUUUCAUCCCUCUGGACAGGAACCAAGAACCGGAGAAAUGCCUGAUGUACUCCUCGCCUCAAUGGCACCUUCUGGAUCUCAACGGGACGCACGGAAACGUGACUGAGUACCACACGCAGAAGUGCACUGACGGGUGGACCUAUGACAACUCUAAGUUCAAAGCCUCGACGGUUACAGAGUGGGACCUGGUGUGCGAUCAGAGGUCUCUGAGGUGGAUCACACAAUCGAUAUACAUGGCUGGAUUGCUGGUGGGAGCCAUGGUGCUGGGCAGGCUUUCUGACAAGUUCGGGAGGCGGACUCUCCUGCUCUGGUCUCACCUCCAGAUGGCAGUCUCGGGGACCUGCGCCGCGUUCUCCUCCUCCUAUCCCUUGCUCUGCUUCUGGAGGUUUCUCUGUGGGAUUGCAACGUCGGGGCUGAUCCUCAACGCUUUCUCCCUGCGAGUUGAAUGGAUCCCAACAAGAUUUCGAACUUCUGUUGAAAUGAUUAGUAAUUACGUUUAUACUACUGGCCAAAUGGUCCUGGCUGCUGUGGCUUACGGAAUCCAACACUGGCGCUGGCUCCAGCUCACACUCUCUGCGCCAUUUUUCAUCUUCUUCUUUUAUUCCUGGUGGUUGCCAGAAUCUGCUCGUUGGCUCAUUCUGAACGACAAGGCUGACGUCGCUCUAAAACAGCUCAGGAGGAUAGCCAAGAUAAACGGCAAGGAGGUUGAAGGGAAAAAACUCACUCUCGAAAUUCUCAAAUCGAGUAUGAAAGAUGAGCAACUAACUGCCAAGAACAAGCACGGUGUACUGGACCUCUUUCGGACUCCUGUUAUACGCAAGAUAGCCUGUUGUACCAUGCUCGCUUGGUUUGCAACAGGUUUUGCCUAUUACGGGUUAGCGAUAGACCUGCAAGGAUUCGGUGUUGAUAUUUACCUCAUCCAGUUCAUUUUUGGAGCCGUCGACGUUCCAGCGAAGUUUAUUGGUUUCGUUUCCAUGAGUCUGAUUGGAAGACGGUUCACACACAGCACGUCCCUCAUCCUCGCGGGGUGCGUGAUUGUGGCGAACAUCUUCAUCCCAAAAGAGUUAAAUGCCUUACGCAUGUCCCUUGCUGCGAUUGGGAAGGGGUGUCUAGCUACAGCUUUCAGCUGUUGCUAUCUCUAUUCGGGUGAACUCUAUCCUACAGUGGUCAGGCAGACGGGAAUGGGGCUCGUGAGCACAACGGCCCGCGUGGGGGCCAUGAUAGCGCCCAUCGUGAGGCUGAGCGGCGACUACGUCUGGUUUCUGCCCAUGACCAUAUACAGCGGUGUGGCAAUCGUCGCCGGACUGGCCAUCUGUGCCCUGCCCGAGACCCGCAACAAGCCUCUGCCGGAGACCAUCGAAGGAAUCGAGAACAGAGCAAUAAAAGGUGCUGGAAAAGACAAGGACUCCAGGAGGACUGAUAUUUCACUCCAUGAAACACACCAAUCACUGAUGAAACAGACUGUGUAA